AUGGCUCAAUACUCGAGACCCACAACUCCCCUCAAUGGACCCGAUCAGACGUCGCAGUCUCAGUCCCCUGCCUCCCCUCUCAGCACCAACCAGCACACGGAGGGACCCUCUCAGGAAGGCCCUUCGACCUCUCCUUGGACCGGCUACCAGCUCCAUCAGGAAAUGAUGUACGAGCCUGAGCCUGUUUACCCCCCUCCUCGUUCCUUCUUUGGAAGUUCCGCUGAGCAGACCGCCCUCGCAAAUGUCGGCCCCCGCUUCAGCGACGACAACCCCUCCUAUGCUCACUCCCCUGCGUCUCCCCAUUCAAGCCAUCGCUCUCAGGACGUUGGCCCCCGAUUCGGCAAUGUCGACUCCCCUCAUCCUCGCUCCCCUAUGAUUUCUUAUUCACGUUCACCAGAGUUGGAGAAUGCCUCCAACGCAGACAAUCACAGCGACAUGCAAGCCGACGACAAUUACAACAAUUCUCAAGCCGAUGACGGUGACGCCGACACACAAACCCAUAACUGGCGAAGCGUCAAUCUCCAGGACAUCUACGUCGAGAACGCCCCAGAUGUCUCAAGCCAGCCAGAUGAUCAGCUUCAAGAAAAAAUCAAACCACAGCAUCCAGAGUUGAAGAUGCAAGGUCGUCAGCCGUGGCGCCGAGUCACGGAAAAGGACCUUGAGAAUGGCCGCAAGCAGCUCGAGGAGGCGCUGUUAUGGUCACGAAGUGAGGAGGGUCAGAGGCGCCGGAGAAGGCACAGAGAGCUAGCCAGGGCCGAGAUCGCCAAGCACCGUCCUCCUUCCCCGGGCCCCGACGACGAUUUCGACCUCGACUGGGAGGGACCACUCACCGCAAGCAAGGCCCUUGAGGUGGACAUUUCGGACAACACCACCUUCCAGCCCAAAGAGACGUUGCACACCAGCGGCUUUGGCUUCAAAGCCAACGAAGCAGUUGGCAAAGAUGCGUAUAAAGUAUCCAUUUGGGACAGAACCACCUUCCUGCCCAUGGAGACGUUGUACAGCGGCGGCUUUGGCUUCAAAGUCAAGGAGGUUGAUGAUGAGGAGGAGACUGUCGUCAGUGGCCUGGAGCCCACUAUCGAGGAGGUUGAUAAUGAGGAGGAGACUGUCGUCAGUGGCCUGGAGCCCACUGUCGAGGAGGCUGAAGAGGGCCUGAUGAAGGACACCGAUGUGUCCGCUGUAGCCAAGCACGGCAGGGACGGGUCGUCAGAUGACGACAACUCUGAGGUGGACAUUUGGGCCUCCACCACCUUCCUACCCAAAAAGACGUUGUACACCGGCGGCUUUGGUUUCAAAGUCAGAACACUCGACCGAGAUCUUGAUGACAUCCGCAAAGAGUUGGCGCGUGGGGAGGACUUCGAAGUCGAGGAGGUGGACGAUGAGGAGGAGACUGUCGUCAGUGGCCUGGAGCCCACUGUCGAGGAGGCUGAAGAGGGCCUGAUGAAGGACACCCAUUUGUCCGCUGUAGCCAAGCACGGCGGGGACGAGUCGUCAGAUGAUGACAACUCACCUAAGAGGCAGAAGCGAUAG